CGGUGAUAUCAAAUCUUUUUAUCAUACACGCAGAAAUAUUGAAUCUUAAAAUUGUUCGUUCUUUUCACUUUGUCUUUUUAUUUUUAUUUUCUUUAAAGUCAUCUUUUAUCGAAGUAUCUUUUAUACGAACAUCUUUUCGAAAAUAAAUAAAAUUCAAAUCUUAAAAAUAUAACCGAAUUUAUUUUUGUUUCAUAUAAUAUGAAAUACCAUUGAUGAAUUAACGACGACCUUCAAAACUUAAUUUUGUUUUUUAAAAAAGUGAAUUGAUAAAUUUCAAUUUUGUAUAAUCAAAUUGUGAAAAAUUCAAAACAAAAAUAAGUAUUUUUUUUUUGGACGGAAUCGUAAUUGAAUUGUGAAUUGCAAGAUGCAAUUGCCAGCUUUUUUGCAGAGGUGGAAUGCCAUCAAGUGUGGCAUAAUAAGUAUAUGCAUUUUUUUGACUGGAUUAGGAUUUUUUGGAAUGAUUGCACCGAUGCUCUUCAAAAAAAUGGUCAAAGGUCAACUCAAUCUUUUGCCCAAAUCACAACUUCGACCGCUUUACGUAAAAGUUCCGUUUUUCCUUGAUUUUCGCAUUUACGUGUUCAACUUAACGAAUCCGGAUGAAGUUACCAAAGGCGGAAAGCCAAAAGUUCAGGAGGUUGGACCGUACUUUUUUGAGGAAUGGAAAGAGAAAUUUGAUUUGGUUGAUAACGAUGAAGAGGAUACACUCAAGUAUCAUUAUAAAAACACAUUCAUAUUUCGUCCCGAUUUGAGUGGCGAUGGCUUGACUGGCAACGAGAUCAUCACGAUGCCACAUCCUUUGAUUACAACGAUGUUUAUGACUUUGAAUGUGGACAAAAAGCCUAUGAUCCCUAUGACGGCAACGGCAAUAGACGCCAUUUUCCAUAAUCCCAAAGAUAUGUUUUGGACGGGCCGAGUUAUGGAUGUUCUUUUCGAUGGUAUUCCCAUUGAUUGUAGCACCGCAGAUGAAACAAUGGCGGCAAAAGCCGUUUGCGGUGUCUUCAGCAGUGGCGCAGUGGCAGCUGUUCAACCACAUAAUGACACUUUCUUUAAAUUUUCAUUAUUUCAAGCGGGAAAUGCCACCGAUCUGGGUGAAUUUACAGUGUUUCGCGGAAAGAAGAAUUCACCCGAUAUUGGAAAAGUGGUUGCUUUCAACGAUGAGCCUGAAAUGGACUACUGGGAGGGUGAUGAAUGCAAUCAAUAUACUGGCACUGAUUCAACCAUAUUCCCACCAUACAUGGAUGUAAAUGACGGCAUCAUCGCCUAUGAGCCAAGUAUUUGUCGGUCACUGAUUGGGACAACUGGAACGCCCAUGAAUGCUGCAAAGCGUUUGCAAUUCAACCUCGAGAUGGUUCCCAUCGAAGAUGUUCCGUACUUGGCCGACAUCCAAGAAAUGUAUUAUCCACUAUUUUGGAUUGAAGAAGGUGCCGCCUUGGGCAAAGAAUAUGUGAACCAAGUCAAAAAUACCGUUCUUUUAGCGAUCAAAAUUCAAAAAAUGCUGAAAUGGUUGGGAAUCAUUUGCGGAAUUUUAGGUAUUAUUCUCUCUGGCAUUAUAUUUAGUGCUAAAAUGGGCAAAGAACAAGCUGCCAAGACAAACUUACCUAGUCCAGUGAAUAACAUUGAUGUUAAAGCUAUAGAAAAAUCGUUAACUUAGAUAGAAAUGUUUGUCUUUGUAAUAUUUAUAUACGAUUUGAAAAUAAAAUUACAGACAACUAGCAA